UUAAGGGGCCCAUUAAUUUGUUUUUAAAACCACAAAACAACUUUUCUUUGCUUGUCAACACUUCUGGCAGAGAAAGACCGUGUACACAGCAUUGAUGUGGGUCCGACUUAUCAGGAUUAUAAUUUUGAUCUUGGUAGCUUUGGAGGUGACAUCAUCCAGCAAGGCUCACGUCGCGUUAACGGAAUCACUCCAGAACGGUGUGCUUAUUACAGCAGCCAACCAUACAAUGUCUAGGUACAUCACUAAAGCUGUGUUGAGCAAUGAGCAAUCUGAAGGAGUCGGGGCUCGUGUAAUGCGCAGUAUUGGAAGGCCAGAGCUACAAAACCUGGAUCCGUUCUUGAUGUUGGAUGAGUUUAAAGCCAAGAACUCUGGUGGGUUUCCUGAUCAUCCGCACAGGGGCUUUGAAACGGUGACCUAUUUUCUUGAGGGAAAGUUUUCACAUGAAGACUUUGAAGGACAUGCUGGGAUCCUAGGGCCAGGAGACCUACAGUGGAUGACGGCAGGAAGAGGCAUCGUCCACUCUGAGAUGCCAGCAUCUGAUGGGAUGAACCAUGGCUUACAACUCUGGGUCAAUUUGGCCAAAGAGUACAAGAUGGUCAAGCCCGCAUACCAAGAAUUGCUGAGCAAGGACAUCCCAGAAGUAGAAAAAGAUGGGGUCAAAGUUCGCGUCAUUGCUGGGGAAGCCUUGGGGAAAACGUCCAAAGUUUAUACCAGGACCCCUACGUCCUACCUAGACUUCACUCUGCAGAAAGAAGGUGUAGUUGAUCAACCUAUUCCACUUGGAUGGACAGCAUUUGCGUAUAUUCUCUCUGGCAAAGCCGCCUUUGGCACUGGUGACAAGCAGCAGGAAGGCAAGCCACAUCAUACGGUUUUGCUGAGUGACGGGGACCAUGUACACAUCGAGAACAAGGAGACGGAGCCUUGUCGUUUUGUGCUUAUUUCUGGCAAACCAAUCGGAGAGCCCGUUGUCCAGCAUGGUCCAUUUGUCAUGAAUACUCAGGAAGAGGUCCAACAAGCAAUCUCUGACUACCGCAAUGGCGUGAACGGAUUUGAGAAAGCUCGUUGACCAAAACAACAAGCUGACUGUGAGAGAUCGGGGAGUGUGAAAAGAAAAGAGAAGAGCGAGAGUUUCGUGGAACCUAUCGUAGGAGCCGAGGAGGAGAAAAAAAGACCUGAUUCCCAAAGCACCUCAUCUAAGCAAGUCUUGGGCUUUGUUGACACUAAGAGGACGUCUCAUACCUUCUUCAGUAAGCUGCCUUCAAGACAGGGUUAACGUUCUCCUCCUGACUGCUCAUCAACCACCGCCGGAGAGGAAAGCGACACUAUCUCCAACGGUGCCGGAUAGACAAG